AUGUUUCCUGUUCAUCUCUACCCAAGUGAUGAACUACCUCGUCCAGGCGAUGGUAAUCAGGGAAGUAUUGGAGAUUGCUGUUUAAUUGCUGUCCUAAACAGUCUUGCUGAUCGAUAUCCAUCUUUCGUGAAAUCGAUCAUUGCACCCCAGAUAGAUGGAUCUUUUGACGUACAACUAUUUAAUCCUAAAGGACAACGAAUUCUUGUCUCAAUUGACUCCAAUUUUCUCGUAAAUGAAAAUGGUCAUUUAAUGCAAGCUCAUGGAGAACACAACCCAGCCAUGUGGAUGAGUGUGUUAGAGAAAGUCAUCAUUAAAUACAAUUAUGUUUAUAAAAUAUGUUCCGGUUCGGGACCGGGCAAUGUCGGUGAUAUUGGGUCAGAAAGUGUAGCAGCGAUUUUUACCGAGAAUGGAGAUAGCUUUGCAUUCUCGCCUGGUGUCUUUUCGUCGCCGCAGGAGCUCGUGCAAGCGCAAGAGGAGGCACUAGAGCGGGGUAAACUAGUCGUAGGUGGCUUUGGUAUUUUCAUGGAUACAGAUAAUUUUUAA